UCGUCCUGCGUCCGGCCCGCGGCGCGCGCCAGCUGCAAUGGUGCGGGUGCGGGGGCUUCGUGGUUACAGCGUGUUCUUCAGCUCCGCGUUGAUGCCGGAGCCGGAGCCGGAGCCGGAGCCGGAGCCGGAUUCCGCGCCGAGGGCCACGUCAACCUAAACCUACACCGCCCUCCCCACCCUGUUCGGCCCGCAGGUCCUUAGGCGAAUCCUCCCAGGCAGCGGCCUCCACGCCUUUCCCACAAUGCCCCGCGCCAGGCCCCGCCCCGCCUCGCCUAGGAGACCGCCGCGCGAGGAGCAGACCGGAGCCGGCCGCGCUGGUAGCUGCCGGUGUGGCUGGUCCAACCCCAUCACAGGCGCGGCGGCCCAGCGGUCAGAGAGUUUUUUGGUGACAUGAGAAGGAAGGAUUAGAAAUGAAUCGAAAACCGUUCACAGAUUAACAUUUGGGGAGACAAUUUAUGAUGGCUGUUUCACUUUUGGAGUAAUGUGGACAGAAGUUCUCAGAUUUGCAUAUUACAUCAACUGGAACCAGUGGCAUUAUCUUAAUGUUUAUUUAAAUCAGAACUUGUACAAGAAAAGCAAUGGGAGUCUGGUUAAAUAAAGAUGACUAUGUCAGAGACUUGAAAAGGGUCAUGCUCUUUUUUCUAAUAAUGUAUAUGGCCAUUUUAGUGGGUACAGAUCAGGACUUUUACAGUUUACUUGGAGUAUCCAAAACUGCAAGCAGUAGAGAAAUAAGACAAGCUUUCAAGAAAUUGGCACUGAAGCUACAUCCUGAUAAAAACCCGAAUAACCCAAAUGCACAUAGUGGUUUUUUGAAAAUAAAUAGAGCAUAUGAAGUACUCAAAGAUGAAGAUCUGCGGAAAAAAUACGACAAAUACGGAGAAAAGGGACUUGCAGAUAAUCAAGGAGGCCAGUAUGAAAGCUGGAAUUACUACCGUUAUGAUUUUGGUAUUUAUGAUGAUGAUCCUGAAAUCAUAACAUUGGAUAGAAGAGAAUUUGAUGCUGCUGUUAAUUCUGGAGAACUGUGGUUUGUGAACUUUUACUCCCCAGGGUGUUCACAUUGCCAUGAUUUAGCUCCCACAUGGAGAGACUUUGCAAAAGAAGUAGAUGGAUUGCUUCGAAUUGGAGCAGUUAACUGUGGCGAUGAUAGAAUGCUUUGCCGAAUGAAAGGAGUCAACAGUUAUCCCAGCCUUUUCAUUUUUAGGUCUGGAAUGGCUGCAGUGAAAUACCAUGGCGACAGAUCAAAGGAAAGUUUAAUGAAUUUCGCCAUGCAGCAUGUUAGAAGCACAGUGACAGAAUUAUGGACAGGAAAUUUUGUUAACUCCAUACAAACUGCAUUUGCUGCUGGUAUUGGCUGGCUGAUCACUUUUUGUUCCGAAGGAAGCGAUUGUUUGACCUCACAGACACGUCUCAGGUUAAGUGGUAUGUUGGAUGGUCUUGUUAAUGUGGGGUGGGUGGACUGUGCCACCCAGGAUAACCUUUGUAAAAGUUUGGAUAUUACAACAAGUACGACUGCCUAUUUUCCUCCUGGAGCCACUUUAAAUAACAAAGAGAAAAGCGGUGUUUUGUUUCUUAAUUCAUUGGAUGCUAAAGAAAUUUAUUUGGAAAUAAUGCAUAAUCUUCCAGAUUUUGAACUCCUUUCAGCAAAUACACUACAGGAUCGUUUAGCUCAUCAUCGGUGGCUCUUAUUUUUUCACUUUGGACAAAAUGAAAAUUCAAAUGAUCCUGAGUUGAAGAAACUAAAAACUCUACUUAAAAAUGAACAUAUUCAAGUUGGCAAGUUUGACUGUUCCUCUGCACCAGACGUCUGUAGUAAUUUCUAUGUUUUUCAGCCAUGUCUAGCGGUAUUUAAAGGACAGGGAACCAAAGAAUUUGAAAUUCAUCAUGGAAAGAAGAUUCUAUAUGACAUACUUGCCUUUGCCAAGGAAAGUGUCAAUUCUCAUGUUACCACACUUGGACCUCAAAAUUUUCCUGCCAAUGAAAAAGAACCAUGGCUAGUUGAUUUUUUUGCCCCUUGGUGUCCACCAUGUCGAGCUUUAUUGCCAGAGCUGCGAAAAGCAUCAAAGCAUCUUUAUGGUCAGCUUAAGUUUGGUACAUUAGAUUGUACAGUUCAUGAAGGACUCUGUAACAUGUAUAACAUUCAGGCUUAUCCAACAACAGUGGUAUUCAACCAGUCCAACAUUCAUGAAUAUGAAGGACAUCACUCUGCUGAACAGAUCUUGGAGUUCGUAGAGGAUCUUAUGAAUCCUUCAGUGAUCUCUUUGACACCUACCACUUUCAGCGAACUGGUUAAACAAAGAAAGCAUGAUGAAGUCUGGAUGGUUGAUUUCUAUUCUCCAUGGUGUCAUCCAUGUCAAGUCUUAAUGCCAGAAUGGAAAAGAAUGGCCCGGACAUUAAUUGGACUGAUCAAUGUGGGCAGUAUAGACUGCCAACAGUACCAUUCCUUUUGUGCCCAAGAAAAUGUUCGGAGAUACCCUGAGAUAAGAUUUUUUCCCCCAAAAUCAAAUAAAGCUUAUGAAUAUCAUAGUUACAAUGGUUGGAAUAGAGAUGCUUAUUCCCUAAGAAUCUGGGGUCUAGGAUUUUUACCUCAAGCAUCUAUAGAUCUAACACCUCAGACUUUCAAUGAAAAGGUUUUACAAGGGAAAAACCAUUGGGUGAUUGAUUUCUAUGCUCCUUGGUGUGGACCUUGCCAGAACUUUGCUCCAGAGUUUGAGCUCUUGGCUAGGACGAUUAAAGGAAAAGUGAAAGCUGGAAAAGUAGACUGUCAGGCUUAUGCUCAAACCUGCCAGAAAGCUGGUAUCAGAGCCUAUCCGACUGUGAGAUUGUAUCCUUAUGAAAGGGCAAAGAGAAAUACUUGGGGAGAGCAAAUAGAUUCCAGAGAUGCAAAAGAGAUUGCUACCUUAAUAUAUGAAAAAUUGGAAAAGCUCCAAAAUCAUGAAAAAAGAGAUAAGGACGAACUUUAAUGUUGAAAAUGAAGAAAAAAUUGAAAAGAAAUCGACAGAUGACAUCAGAAGAUACCUUUUCAGAAAGUUACUUAUAUUCAUGAUGGGAAUAAAUGAACCUUAUCUUGGAUUUGUAAUUGCACUGCCUGAAUUCUGUACAACACUGAUAUAAAUGAAAGGUCUGCAAGACUUUUCUAUAAACGGCCAGAUCAUAAAUAUUUUAGGCUCUGUAGACCAUCUGUGGUUUUUUGUUACAUAUUCUCUGGUUUGGUUUUGUUUACAACCCCUUAAAAAAUGUAAAAACCAUUCUCAACUCAGGGCUGUAUACAAAUAGGCCACAAGCCACAUUCAGCCUGUGGACCACAGAUUGCUGACUCCCAAAAAGGUGUUUAGGCUGGCUGGCCUGAGUGCUAAAAGUGUAUUUUAUCACUUAACAUUUUGGAGCUGGCCUAUAAAGAGAAGUUGGUUUUCAGUCACCUGUUCUAAAAAAUAUUGAUGCCCUGACCAUGUAUUACUUCAUUUAAAAAAACAUUCUAAAUGUGGGGAAACCAUCUUUCUAAAGGUUGAAGAAUUGGUUGUAAUUUUUCACA